AUGGAGGAUGAGGCGGUGCUGGACAGAGGGGCUUCCUUCCUUAAGCAUGUAUGCGACGAAGAAGAAGUGGAAGGCCAUCACACUGUCUACAUCGGGGUCCAUGUGCCUAAGAGCUAUAGGAGAAGGAGACGCCACAGAAGAAGACCUGGGCUAAAGGAGAAGAAGGAAAGAGAAAAAAUCUCUGAGUACUACUCCGACAAAUCAGAUGUAGAAAAUGCGGAUGAGACGAGCAGCGGCAUCCUUAAACCACUCAUCUCCCCCGCUGCCGAGCGAAUCCGCUUCAUUUUGGGUGAAGAAGAUGACAGCCCUGCACCCCCUCAGCUCUUCACCGAACUGGACGAGCUUCUGGCUGUUGAUGGACAAGAGAUGGAGUGGAAGGAGACGGCAAGAUGGAUAAAGUUUGAAGAGAAAGUGGAACAGGGCGGAGAGAGAUGGAGCAAGCCUCAUGUCGCGACGUUGUCCCUGCACAGCUUGUUCGAACUGAGGACGUGUAUAGAGAAAGGAUCCAUCCUGCUGGAUUUGGAGGCCACUUCUCUCCCUCAGGUAGUGGAGAUGGUUGUUGACAAUCAAAUUGAGACGGGCCUGUUGAAACUAGACAUGAAGGACAAGGUCACCUACACGCUGCUCAGGAAGCACCGGCACCAGACCAAGAAAUCCAACCUACGCUCUCUGGCUGACAUCGGGAAGACCGUCUCCAGUGCAAGUAGGAUGUUUACCAACCCUGAUAAUGGCAGUCCAGCCAUGACUCAUAGAAACCUGACUUCCACCAGUCUGAAUGACAUCUCUGACAAACCUGACAAAGAGCAGCUGAAGAAUAAAUUUAUGAAGAAAUUGCCCCGUGAUGCUGAGGCCUCCAAUGUGUUGGUUGGUGAGGUAGACUUCUUGGAAAACCCUUUCAUUGCCUUCGUCCGGCUGCAGCAGGCAGUUAUGCUGGGUGCUCUGACUGAAGUCCCCGUUCCUACCCGAUUCCUAUUCAUUUUGCUGGGUCCGAAGGGAAAAGCCAAGUCCUACCAUGAGAUAGGUCGAUCCAUUGCCACUUUGAUGUCCGAUGAGGUGUUCCAUGACAUUGCCUAUAAAGCCAAAGACAGGCAGGACCUGAUCGCUGGAAUCGAUGAGUUUCUGGAUGAAGUCAUUGUGCUUCCACCUGGGGAGUGGGACCCUGCCAUCAGGAUAGAGCCCCCCAAAUCUCUCCCAUCUUCUGAUAAAAGGAAAAACAUGUAUUCGGGUGCGGAGAACAUACAGAUGAAUGGAGACACGCCUCAUGAUGGGGGCCAUGGAGGUGGGGGCCACGGUGACACUGAAGAACUACAACGAACUGGCAGAUUUUGUGGUGGUUUAGUCAAAGACAUAAAGAGGAAAAUACCUUUCUUCGCCAGUGACUUCUAUGAUGCUUUAAAUAUCCAAGCUCUUUCAGCCAUUCUCUUCAUCUACCUGGCCACAGUGACCAAUGCUAUCACUUUUGGAGGUCUGCUUGGUGACGCUACAGACAACAUGCAGGGCGUGUUGGAGAGCUUUCUGGGCACAGCAGUCACUGGAGCGGUCUUUUGCCUUUUUGCUGGUCAGCCACUCACAAUUCUGAGCAGCACAGGACCUGUCCUUGUCUUUGAAAGACUCCUGUUUAAUUUCAGCAAAGACCAUGACUUUGAUUACUUGGAGUUCCGUCUCUGGAUUGGCCUGUGGUCAGCCUUCCAGUGUCUUGUUCUGGUUGCUACUGAUGCCAGCUUCCUGGUCAAAUACUUCACCCGCUUCACAGAAGAGGGAUUUUCCUCCCUGAUCAGCUUCAUCUUCAUUUAUGAUGCUUUCAAGAAGAUGAUCAAGUUAGCAGACUAUUACCCAAUCAAUUCCCAUUUUAAAGUGGACUAUAUCACAUUUUACUCCUGUGUCUGCAUGCCAUCAGAGCCAGAUAAUAGUUCAGUAUUUAAUGAGACAACAGCAGCGUCAGUUGAUUGGCUGACCAGUUCCUCUGCUGAGAAGUACAAUAACACGAUUGACUGGCCAUCUCUGACAAAGAAGGAGUGCUGGAAAUAUGGAGGCUACCUUGUGGGCAACAACUGCAACUACGUCCCUGACAUCACCCUCAUGUCUUUUAUCCUCUUCUUUGGCACCUACACCUGCUCCAUGGCCCUGAAGAAAUUCAAAACCAGCCGUUAUUUCCCAACCACUGCUAGGAAGCUCAUCAGUGACUUUGCCAUUAUCUUGUCCAUUCUGAUUUUCUGUGGAAUAGAUGCCCUAGUAGGUGUGGAUACACCGAAACUAAUUGUGCCAAGUGAAUUCAAGCCAACCAGCCCCCACAGAGGCUGGUUCGUCCCACCCUUCGGAGGGAACCCCUGGUGGGUGUACCUUGCAGCAGCCAUCCCUGCGCUGCUGGUGACCAUUCUCAUCUUCAUGGACCAGCAAAUCACAGCUGUCAUCGUCAACAGGAAAGAGCACAAGCUCAAGAAAGGUGCUGGCUAUCAUCUGGAUUUGUUUUGGGUGGCUGUUCUGAUGAUUAUAUGUUCCUUCAUGGCCCUGCCCUGGUACGUUGCUGCUACUGUGAUCUCCAUUGCCCACAUCGAUAGCUUGAAGAUGGAGACCGAGACCUCAGCACCUGGAGAACAACCCAAGUUUCUGGGAGUGAGGGAGCAGAGAGUCACUGGAAUCAUUGUAUUCAUUCUCACUGGUGUGUCAGUCUUUAUGGCUCCCAUCUUAAAGUUUAUACCUAUGCCUGUGCUCUAUGGAGUGUUCCUAUACAUGGGUGUUGCUUCCCUUAAUGGAGUGCAGUUCAUGGAUCGGCUGAAGCUGCUUCUGAUGCCUCUGAAACAUCAGCCCGACUUCAUUUAUCUGCGUCACGUCCCGCUGCGCCGGGUCCACCUGUUCACGUUCCUGCAGGUGGUGUGUCUGGCCCUCCUCUGGAUCCUCAAGUCAACUGUGGCUGCUAUAAUCUUCCCAGUCAUGAUCCUGGCGCUUGUGGCAGUCAGAAAAGCCAUGGACUACCUCUUCUCCCAGCAUGACCUCAGUUUCCUUGACGACGUCAUUCCAGAAAAGGACAAGAAGAAGAAAGAGGAUGAGAAGAAGAAGAAGAAAAAGAAGGGCAGUCUGGAUAGUGACAAUGACGAUUCCGACUGCCCCUACUCAGAAAAUGUCCCAAGUAUUAAAAUUCCAAUGGACAUCAUGGAACAGGAACCUUUCCUAAGUGAUAGCAAACCUUCCGACAGAGAAAAAUCACCAACAUUCCUUGAACGCCAUACAUCGUGCUGAUAAAAUUCCUUUCCUUCAGUCACACACUAUGCCAAGGUAGGAGCUUCCACAGCAUGGUCUCAUGAGA